AUGACCGCCAUAGAUCCUAGGUUGUUCCCGCGACGAGUUCGGUAUGCCGCCCUGCUGACUGUCAAUGUAUACGUUUUCAUGGGCAACAUGUAUUCGUCUGGGCUGGCGACCGGCUUUGAAUCUCUGGCGAUGGAUCUUCACGUCGGAAAUUCUGAGCUAUCGGCCCUAAUAACCUACUCGGUUCUAUCAAUGGGACUUGCCAACUUGUUUUGGAUGCCUCUAGCAUUGUGCUUCGGGAAGCGUCUUGUGACACUUGUGUCUAUGUCUAUGUUCUUGGGUGGAAUUAUCUGGAGCGCAGUCGCCAAGGACUACAACAGCCUGCUCGCCUCGCGAGUAUUCGCUAGUUUUGGAUAUGGUGCUAGCGAAUCGCUCGUUCCAAGUAUUCUCGCAGAUCUCUUCUUCGAGCGGAAUUACUCUAGCGCCAUGGCUGUUUACGCUGGGUUCCUCUCCGGUGGAUCCCAGAUCGGCCCCGUUAUCGCAGGAUAUCUCAUUCAAGCUCGUGGAUGGCGAUGGUUCUUCAUCCUUUGCGCCAUUAUCGCAGCUGUCAACUUUGUCACCACCAUUUUCUUCCUUCCCGAAACAAUUUAUGAGCCUGAGGAGGAGCCCGAGGAAAUAGGAGAUGUUGAGAAGGAUACCUCCAACCAUAUCGAGGCCGUCCGUACGACUUCGCAUGUUGGCGACCGGGCCAAGAUGGAUUUCGGCGAGUACACGAAGGGGCUCUUCUCACUCAACGUCACCAAGGGCGCCAAGGAGAAGGGCAUCUACAAGUUCUUUGCUUGCUUAUUCGUCCUCCCCUUCCCGCUGCUUAUAGUCCCCGGUAUCUUGAUUGCGUCGCUGAUGUACGGAGUUGUCUUGGGAGGUGUUGUCGCAAUCUCGACAGUAUCUCCCGACCUAUUCUCCCCACCUCCAUACCGAUUUUCCUCCGCCGACCUGGGUCUCUUCACCCUGAGCAGCUUCAUCGGCAUCGUCGUAGCCUGGCCAAUCGCCGGACCAUUGACCGAUUUACUCUCUCGCUGGCUACGCAAACGCAACCACCACAUCCACAAGCCAGAGCACCGUAUCCCGGCGCUCCUCCUGCCCUUCUUGAUUAACCCAAUUGGUCUCAUUGUCUUCGGAUACACCGUUGCACGACACCAGCACUACGUCCGCCCCGCUGUUGGCGCGGCAAUCGCAUCUUCGGGAUUGACCCUUGUUCCCUCGGUGAUGCUUUCAUACGUCGUAGAUGCAUACCCUCGGAUCAGUGGUGAGGCACUCGUGCUCGUCAACGCCUCAAAGAAUGUCGUUGCCUUUGGAUUGGCCAAGGGCGGAUAUGCUUGGAUGACGAAGGAAGGCGUCGAUAAGAUGUUCUAUGAGUUUGCGGGUAUCCAGUGGGCUAUUUUAUUCUUGGGAUUGCCUCUUUAUAUCUUUGGGAAUUGGCUUCGGACUCAGACUCAAAAGCUUUUCUGA